UGUUUUCCUUUGCUUUUUUCUUUUACUUCUCCCGUCGCCGAACCCGUGCCCGACACUUCUUCUUCCCCUCAUCUUCAUCUUCACCGAACCCGAUUCUUCUCCCCUCUUCUCACCUUCUCUUUCUCUUCCGUCCCUUCCCAAGCGCCGGCGACGCUCGAGCCACCGCCGGCCGAGCUCCUCUCCCGAUCCCUCAUCUCUUCUCCUUGAUUUCCAGCAGCCGAUCCGCUGUGACGACGCCAUCUCCCUGCCAAGUCGUGAUCGCGGCGACGAGACGAGGUCGAGCUCGCCGGCGUCGCUCACCUCACACCGACGGAGCCUCCCAGUUUCCCCUCCGAUCGCCGAGCAGAGACACUUUCCCUCUGCCCUAGCUCCCGAUUCAUCGCCGACGAGUUCUCGUCGUCCUGAUCCGAGGCGCGACGCUCGUUGCCCUAGCUUUAAUAAGGCGUAAUAAAUGUUGUCAAGUGGCCUGAUUCCCUCUCCAUCUCCUCCCAAUUCUUACAAGUCUGUUGUGGUUGGUGGCACAUUUGAUAGGCUUCACCAAGGCCAUCAUUUGUUCCUCAAGGCAUCAGCAGAUCUAGCCAGAGAUAGGAUUGUGGUUGGGGUUUGUGAUGGACCUAUGUUGAGCAAAAAAGAGUAUGCUUACUUAAUAGAACCUAUUGAGAAGCGCAUGCAAGGUGUGAAGAACUACAUUAAGUCCAUGAAACCUGAGUUGACUGUUGAAGUGGAGCCAAUCACAGAUCCUUAUGGUCCAUCUAUCAGGGAUGAACAAUUGGAGGCUAUAGUCGUGAGCAAGGAGACAUUGCCUGGGGGAAUUGCUGUUAACAGGAAAAGGGCAGAGAGAGGGUUAUCACAAUUAAAGAUCGAAGUAGUAGAUAUAUUGCCCGAGGAGUCUACGGGAAUCAAAAUUAGUUCUUCAACACUCCGAAAAAUUGAGGCUGCAGAAGCCUUAAAAAAUCAGCAGCUUGACGGUGGCUCGGAGGCAGAUCCUCUGGUUCCAAGCGAUUAGAAGUUUGAUACUCAAAUCAGGUUAUGCCCGACUGGUGCUUUUAAUAAUGAGAGUCAGAUAUUAUAAAUUAAGAUUGUAAUCAAAGGCUUAAUGCCUUUUGGCUGCAUGAUAAAUACAAGCUAAAAUUAAACAAGGUUAAUUGUUGGAUGUGGCUUUGCAUCUAACAAUAUACAGUUAAUGCAACACAUCCUGUUGCUUCACAUCAUUGGAAACUAAAAUUCAAAGCGACGCAACAAUAAAACAGUCGAAUUCAUUUUUGUUCUUA